AUGGAGACCGCCAAGCAAGCCGUGAACUACGUCUCUGAAACCAUCCAGGGCGCUGCAUCUGGAGCCAGCAAGGAGGCAAACAAGCAGGUCGCCAAGGACGGUAACGUCGACGUUAGCACUCGACUUUCGGCUGCCAAGGACGCUGUUGGUGACAAGCUGGAGGAGAGCGGCCACAACAGCAAGGCUGAAGUUCACAAGCAAUACGUUAAGAAUUAA